GGAGGAGUCAGGAUCCUGGCCGGCUGGGACGGCAGCCUCUGGGGCAAUUCCUGCUGUCACCACACCUCUGGGUUAGGCGGCCAGCUCCGAGGCGCGCAGCCUGCCUGGAGCCCAAGGCGCUGCGGAGGGACCUCCUCUGCUCUGGGACAGUGACACGCGUGCCCCAGCUCCCACAUGCUCAGGUUCUGCGUGCUCCUCGCUCUGCCGUGCCUGGCCAGAUCAGAUGGAAAUGAAGGAUGCGCUACGUUCACCAGGCUGAGCUUCCACAGCGCAGUGGUUGGGACAGGGCUGGAUGUGAGGCUGAUGCUCCACACAGAGAAAGACCGGGCCUGCGCCCAGAUCAUCAACUCCACGGCCUUUGGGGACUUUAAUGUGACCAAGAGAACCACCUUCAUCAUCCAUGGAUUCAGGCCCACGGGUUCUGCUCCAGUUUGGAUGGGGGACUUGGUGGCAGGCUUGCUGGAUGUGGAAGACAUGAAUGUGGUGGUGGUGGACUGGAAUCGAGGAGCUACGACCGUUAUUUACCCCCACGCCUCUAGUAAGACCAAAAAAGUUGCCAUGGUCUUGAAGGAAUUUAUCGACCAGAUGUUGGUGAAAGGAGCAUCGCUUGGCAACAUUCACAUGAUUGGAGUAAGUUUAGGAGCCCACAUAUCUGGAUUUGUUGGAGAAAUGUACGCUGGGCAGCUGGGCCGGAUUACAGGUCUUGACCCUGCAGGCCCUUUAUUCAACGAGAAGCCUCCUGAGGACAGAUUAGAUCCUAGUGAUGCCCAGUUCGUGGACGUCAUCCACUCUGACAUCAAUGCACUGGGCUAUAAGGAACCACUGGGAAACAUAGACUUCUACCCAAAUGGAGGAUUAGAUCAACCUGGUUGUCCCAAAACAAUAUUUGGAGGUAUGCGGUAUUUCAAGUGCGACCACCAGAGGUCCGUGUACCUGUUCCUGGCUUCCCUGAGAAGAGACUGUGACGUCAUCGCGUAUCCCUGUGACUCCUACAGGGAUUACAGGAACGGCAAAUGCGUCAACUGUGGCACAGCGCACACGGAGCCCUGUCCCCUUGUGGGUUAUUAUGCUGAUCUCUGGAAAGGCUAUUCAAGGGGGAAGGGUCUUCAGUCGACGAAGGCGUUCUUUGACACGGCUGAGCAGAAGCCCUUCUGCAUAUAUCAUUACUUUGUGGAUAUUAUAUCUUGGAACAAGAAUGUAAGAAGAGGGUCCAUCACAAUCAAGUUGAGAGACAAAGACGGAAACACCACCGAGUCUAAAAUCGAUCAUGAACCGGCCGCGUUUCAGAAGUACCACCAAGUGAGCCUGCUGGCGAGAUUUAACCAAGAUCUGAACAGGGUGGCAGCAGUGUCCUUGGUGUUCUCCACAGGCUCUGUGCUGGGCCCCAAGUACAAGCUCAGGGUCAUCCGCGUGAAGCUGAGGUCCCUUGCGCAUCCGCACAGGCCGCAGCUGUGCCGCUAUGACCUUGUUCUGAUGGAAAAUGUGGAAACUGUCUUCCAGCCCAUUCCUUGCCCCAGACUGCAGCUGUAACUUCCUGGGGCCAGGGGCGACCAGUGCCAAGCAGGUGGCAUCUAUAUGCUGUCAGACCUUCACCUCUUCUUCACUGCUCCAAUGGCAUGGAAGAACUGGAGGUUAUUGCCAGCGGUGUCCUAGGAAUGUCACACUGUCAAACGUCAAGUGACCUUGUGGUUAUGAAAGAAUCCCGGGAAAGCAGCCCCUAACUAGGGCAAGUCUGAAACAGCCGGGAGCUUUGUCUGUGGCAUCCCAGGACCUCAUUUGUUCUGACUUGUCACUUCUCUGCAUGUCACCGGUGCUGCUGUUUCUCAAGCCUGCGGGUUGAGCAUCUGAAAGGGAAGGGUGGCUGCGGCCACACUGUGGACUCCCACGCCCUGUGCCAGAUUUCCCACACACAGCAGGGAGUGGAACAGACCUACCUUGCUGGGCUGCUGCGGACUCAGGGGGCACCUGUGGAAGGUCUCUGUGAAACCCCAGGGGUGCCACACCUGGGGGGGGUGUGAUGGAUGUGAACAUGCUUUUGUUUUGAUAUGGCCGGCCAAGCUCUCCUGCUUAGACAGGACAGCCUUUCCCUGUGUCUCCCUGGGGCUGUUUGCUCUGAGGGGAGGAGGAAGGGAAGACACCACUCAUCCAAAUUCCCACCUUGGAGGGGUGGAAAGGGCUGACAACCCCUGGGACAUGGGGCGUGGAAGAGGGCAGUGGGGGCAGGGAAAGAACAGGCGGCAGGAGAGGAAGGUGAUUAUUAUUGUUUCGUUGUGGUGCAAGGAGUGGAACCCAGGGCCUCACGCAUGCUAGGGAUUGCUCUACUAGUACGCAUCACCCAGCCCAGUCACUUGAAGCAAUCCCUAAAUAAUAUUUAUUUUUCCCUACUGCCAGUGGAAUCCAGGAUUAUGGAAGGACAUUUGCAAUGCAUGGUGCACAGUGAAAAAGAAUGCUGUACAUAACUCCACCCAUUUGUUGAAAGGGGUCAAUGGGACGGUGCGGUCACUUGUUUGCUGAGAAUGGAAUUUGCACAGAUGGGUUGUUGGGGGCAUCUGAAGCCUCCAGGUGGAGGAAUUGUUCGGUGUCCCAGGAAGAAGGUAUGAUGUGUGAAUCUGGAAUGACAGCGACAGCCAAGGCCCCUGAGAGUGGCGGCCAAGGAGGCUGGAAUGGAGGAUGGUCCCUGGGGCCAGAGGUCUAGGGUCUGGAACUGUGUGGUGUCACACCUCCUCUGAGUGACUUCUACUGCUUUCUGUGAAAACAACCCUUCUUGUAACUGAACAGAUGAUUUCAUAAACGUAGACGUCCGUGUGUGUCAUGUGUUGGCAGAUUGUCUUCUGUACCGAAGACAGUGCUGGCUUUAGAGAGGGGGCGACAAGCUCUGAAUGGAACAAAGCUCUGUGGCGGGUUCUCUGGCACGUGGACAGCCCGCCACCCCACCACCUCCUUCCCUGACUGCACAGCACUUGUGGGGGGAGAUCAGCAUGCUGUGGGGUCCUGACCUGUUUUUAGUUUUGUGGCUCCUGUGUUUUGAUGAGCAUGGUCAUUUUUUGUCCUCUUCCCCUUAACCCCAAAUAGGGGGCUCAAACAGCAGCAAGGAGUGCAGAAUUUCAUGCAUUUUUUUUUAACUUGAUGGGCCACAGUCCUGGCCCAGUGGCUGCCUCACUGUGGGAAGGACUGGAUGCGUGGGUGGGGAGCAGAUGGAGGGGUGAAGGGCAGACUGCUUAUGGAGUGGAAAUGCAUUUCGGGGAAUUUCAGGUAAUAGCCCUUGAAGUGGGAGUGGCCACUACGGCCUUCUCGAUCUUCUCUUGGCCUCUGCCUCCUGCUGCCUGGCUCUCCUGUGUACAUCCAAAUCCCAAGCCCAGGGCUGGGUUCCACUGCAGCCGACCCCUUCCUUCCCCACAUUGGGGUUCUAGCUUUGUCACCUUCUUGGGGGUCCUCUCACUGUCCUCCCCAGUGCAAUUUUAAAGUCUUCUUUACAUUUCUUUCUGUGCACAAACAAGG